CUCUCAACUCUUUAUCUACACCACUAUGAAAACGUCAACUUUCGAACCGAAAUCAACAAAGACUAUCCGAUAUUACUACCUCUUUACAACCAUCACCCUUGUGCUUGUCAUUCACAAAUUUCUCUCCUUCGGAAAUACAUCUCCACCACCGAUCCUGUUUCAGUAUGUCACCAAUGAAGAUCCCAUCCAACAUAUAGGCCAACCCACACUUAAUCCCGAUUCAAAACACCGUCACACGGCAGGAAAUGCCAUGGUAGCUUGUGAUGUGCCAUUAUGUUCCACUAUGGGUAAACAGAUCCUUCAAUCAGGAGGUAAUGCAGCUGAUGCGGCCGUCACUGUUGCUCUUUGUAUUGGAUCAAUUAACUCUCACAGUUCAGGUAUAGGUGGAGGUGCAUUGAUUUUACUGAAACAUGGCAGGGAUGUCGUGAGUAUAGAUGCUAGAGAGAUGGCCCCUUCUGGUGCAUUCAAGGAUAUGUACGAACAUGAUGGAAGUUUGGCUGGUGAGUUGUUGAGCAAGAUUGGUGGAUUGAGUAUUGGUAUUCCUGGAGAACUUGCUGGGUUGUACCAGUUGUUUAAAUUGCAUGGAUCAGGACAUUUAACUUGGGCUGAGUUGAUUGACCCGGUUAUUAAGUUGAAUAGAGACGGAUUUGAAUGUUCUGAAUUGUUUGAAGGGGUUAUUGAAAAACAAAGCAAGAUCCUAGAUUUGAUUCCUUCCAUUAAGACAAACUGGGAUUUCAUAUUCAAUAAAGGUGAGCAUUUAAGACACGGUGACUGGAUUAAAAGAAAGAACUAUGCAAAUACUCUUGAAUUAAUUGCAAAGAACGGAUCUAGUCUGAUAUUCUAUGAUCCUCAAGGCCCAAUUGUUCCUAAUUUGGUCAAGACAAUCCAUCAAUAUGGAGGUAUUGUUACUAGUGAAGAUUUCACAAAGUAUGAGGUUAAUAUUGAUGAAGCAAUUACCAGUACUUUUCAAAACAAGACGAUUUACACCGCUAGUGGGAUUUCAUCUGGUCUUGCUUUGGUUUCAGGAUUGAAAUUUUUCGAUAGAGUAUACAAUAAAGACGAUGAACCUACUUCAUUCAAUCAUAAGCUAAUUGAAUCUUUCAAAUGGUUGACUCUGGUUAGAAGUAGGUUAGGUGAUGUUUCACCUGAGUAUCAACAAGAGCUUAUAUCCAAUUAUACCAGCGAUCAUUGGAUUGAUGAAGUUUUAUCAACGGGUAAGUUCUCACCAAAUACUACUUUCCCGUGGAAGAACUAUGAUCCCAAGUAUGAUAUUGUUGAAGAUCACGGUACUGCGCAUUUUAGUAUUGUUGAUAAAGAUGACAAUGCCGUAGCAUUCACAACUACGGUUAAUCUCUUAUUUGGUUCCAUGAUUUAUGAUCCUGCAACCGGGAUUAUUCUUAAUGAUGAAAUGGAUGAUUUCUCCAGACCACAAAUAUCAAACGCUUUUAAUUUGACUCCUUCGAUAUACAAUUUUAUCAAACCUUAUAAACGACCAUUGUCUUCCAUGGCACCAACCAUAAUUAUGGACUCACAUAACAGGACGGAAUUGGUCAUUGGUGCUGCUGGUGGCAGUAGAAUAACUCUGGCUAUUUUGCAAGCAAUAGUAAGACAAUUUUAUAGAGGAACAAGUUUAUUACAAGCUAUUGGGUUCCCUCGAAUGCAUCAUCAGUUAAUUCCACAAUAUGUUAUGAUUGAGAAUUUAACUAUGUUUGAUGAGGAAUUUGUGGGUGUGAGAGAAAAGUUAGAAGCUAUGGGCCAUGAGUUUGUUGAGACGGGGACAUUGACUGCUAUGAAUGGAAUUAGAAGGGUUGGACAGAAAUUGGAAGGGGUUUGUGAUUGGUGGCGGAAGAGAGGUGAAGCUGACGGGUAUUAGCUGGGUAAUUUAUUCUGAAUAGACUGUAAUAUUAUAAUUUACAUUACAAUUGUUUUUU